CAGACCUAUCCGCUUCUUGCUCUCUCAUGGCGACGCCUUUCCUCUUUGGUGUCGGCGCCAUCGCGGCGGCCGUUGUAGGCAGGCAGAUGAUGCGCAGAGCUGGCCAAGGUGCCGCUGAGCAAUGGGUGAAGGGCGGCUUCAAGGUGAAGAUGGACCGCAAAGAAGCCAUUGCGAUCCUUGGACUCAAAGAUAAUCCGCAACUAAGGACCAAGAUCAAGGACGCACACCGCCAGAUCAUGCUCGCCAACCAUCCCGACCGCGGCGGUUCGCCAUACCUCGCCAGUAAAAUCAACGAGGCAAAAGACAUGCUUGAGAAAUUGGAGAAGAGGUAGCAGGAUGGUCUUCUGGUGCCAGGUGCGUUGCUCGUCGUUGUUAUAACGAUUGCCCGCUGUAUUCACUCGGUUAGCAGUCCUACUGUUCACGAUGUAACAUGUUUCUACUGUACCAUACCUUAUAAUGCCAGCACCACUCGGCCGACGAACCACUCG